UUCUGCCUUCCCUGAAGGCUGCCUCCGCUGCUGCCUCCUCCUUCCCCACCUCCUCCGCCAGCCUAGAGUCUGCGGGGGCCCGAGGGGCGGCGGCGGCGGCGGCGAUAUGGAGCCGGGGGCCGGCAGCCGAGGCUCUGCUAGCAGUCAGGGGGCCGGUCCCCCGAGCAGUCCGCCGCCCCGGGAGCAAGAGCGGAAGCUGGAGCAGGAGAAGCUCUCUGGGGUUGUGAAGAACGUCCACCGGAGGCUCCGCAAGAAGUACCGGGAAGUGGGAGAUUUUGAUAAGAUCUGGCGAGAACACUGUGAGGACGAGGAAACGCUUUGUGAAUAUGCUGUUGCAAUGAAAAAUUUGGCAGAUAAUCAUUGGGCAAAAACUUGUGAGGGUGAAGGUCGUAUUGAAUGGUGUUGUAGUGUAUGCAGAGAAUAUUUUCAAAAUGGUGGGAAGAGAAAAGCACUUGAGAAAGAUGAAAAAAGAGCUGUACUCGCCACUAAGACCACUCCAGCCUUUAAUACGCAUGAGUCUUCUAAACUUGAAGGUCAUUUAACCAACCUGAGCUUUACAAACCCUGAAUUUAUAACUGAGUUGCUACAAGCUUCAGGAAAGAUCAGAUUACUUGAUGUUGGCAGUUGCUUUAACCCAUUUCUGAAGUUUGAAGAAUUUCUAACUGUGGGUAUAGACAUUGUACCUGCUGUAGAGAGUGUCUAUAAAUGUGACUUCCUGAACUUACAGCUUCAGCAGCCACUCCAGCUUGCACAGGAUGCUAUAGAUGCCUUUUUGAAGCAGCUGAAAAACCCCAUUGAUUCUCUUCCUGGAGAACUUUUCCAUGUUGUUGUUUUCUCUCUCCUUCUUUCUUAUUUUCCAUCACCUUACCAGCGAUGGAUAUGCUGCAAGAAAGCUCAUGAACUGUUAGUGUUGAAUGGUUUGCUACUUAUCAUCACACCCGAUUCCUCCCAUCAGAACCGCCAUGCUAUGAUGAUGAAAAGCUGGAAGAUUGCUAUAGAGUCCCUGGGCUUUAAACGUUUCAAGUAUUCAAAAUUUUCACAUAUGCAUCUGAUGGCAUUUAGGAAAAUCUCCCUAAAAACUACAAGUGACUUGGUUAGUAGGAACUACCCAGGAAUGUUAUAUAUUCCUCAAGAUUUCAACAGUGUAGAAGAUGAGGAAUAUUCUAACUCUUCUUGCUAUGUUCGAUCAGAUAUGGAAGAUGAACAGCUAGCAUACGGUUUUACAGAGCUCCCUGAUGCUCCAUAUGACUCAGAUUCUGGAGAAAGUCAAGCCAGCUCGAUUCCUUUCUAUGAGCUAGAAGAUCCUAUAUUACUUUUAAGUUAAUCAAAAAGCAAAGACCCUUGAAGUCCAGACUCCUAAACUAAUUGCUUACACUAAUUGGAAAUACUAAUAUGAGCUCAGUACUUAAAACCUGUUUGCAUAUAAGA